CAGUGUAGGCUUGGCUGUGUACUCUGUCAGGAGCUAUACUAAAGAUUUUGACUCUCCAGAGACACAAGUGUUUACCUUCUAGACGUAGCUGAGCAACCUAAAGGCUCUGUAUUUGCUCUGCUAAAGCAAGGAGAAUUCAGACAGACUGAGAGCCAGGCUGAUAAAAGUCUCGAGAGGAGGUGAGGUUGGACUAUGACCUUUUCUCUCCUGUUGCUGCAGUCAGAAGGAUGAAACUAGCCUGCAACUCCCCUUUGCCCUUCUUCAGUGCCGACCAGCAAUGGAAAUACCUAAUAGAACAUGAUCCUCAAUGCAAAGGUAGGAAAAAACUCAAAUUAGAAGGCAAAGAAUUGAUAUCUGUGCCUCAUCAGCUCUUUGCGCUGGAAGGAUUGCAAGUUUUGGAGAUGAGCCCAGAACGAGAGAGCUGCCUAAGAUAUAGGAUGGAUCUCAUCCCUCAUAAGAUUGGUCACUUGAAGAACCUGACCCUGCUCUACCUAGACUCCAACAACUUGAAAGACGUUCCUGUUGAGAUUGGCUCCUUAACCAAGUUGGAAAGGCUCACUCUCAGCAACAACAGCUUAACUUCUCUGCCCGAGGAAGUAGAAAGCCUUCAGAAACUCCGCAGCCUCCAUUUGGCUAACAACAGCCUGGCACAGCUUCCUGCAGCCAUUUGUCAGCUGAGGAACCUUGUUUUCUUAGAUGUUACUGAUAACCACAUCAGCACCAUCCCUGACACCAUUCACCAGCUACAGAAACUGGAGACGCUGCUGCUGCUUUUUAAUUCUCUCAAACACCUGCCAAGGGGAAUCUGCUCUUUAAAGGCCUUGAGGACUCUCUGGCUAGGCCAUAACAAUCUAAAGGUUCUCCCAUCAAAUUUUGGUCAGCUGGUUAAUUUGGACUGGGGCUCGAAUUACUGUUCAUGCAGUUUUGAAGGGAAUCCAUUGGAGCACCCACCUCCUGAGGUAUGUAGCGGGGGGCCUGCUGAGAUCAGAGGGUAUUUUGCCUCCGUAAGGCACUAA